AGUGACGUCACUGUAAACAAACAUGGCGGACAGCUGGCAGCUCUGCAGCUCGUUCAACAUGUUUACUUAAAAAUAUUUAAAAACAUAUUAAAUGUACCUGCACGUGAACAAGUGUGCGCUUCAUUACAGGCGGAACUCUUGCGUCUCUUUGGUUCUCGUCGGACACGUCUGAUGCGACACCAGCAGCUGUUUUGAUAGUUUAGCUAGUAGGUUACCACGGCAACGUAGCUAGCUCAGUUCAGAGGCUUUCUCUUCUAAAGUCGGUGUUCCUUAACAACAUUUUGGGGUUCUUACCCGCCGAAUCAAAGUACAUUCAUUUCACUUGAAACUACAAAGAUCCAGGAUCCAAGACCCAGACCUGUGGUCCAGGAUCCAGACCCAGACCUGUGGUCCAGGAUCCAGAUUCAUACCUGUGGUCCAGGAUCCAGACUCAGACCUGUGGUCCAGGAUCCAGACUCAGACCUGUGGUCCAGGAUCCAGACCCAGACCUGUGGUCCAGGAUCCAGAUUCAUACCUGUGGUCCAGGAUCCAGACUCAGACCUGUGGUCCAGGAUCCAGACUCAGACCUGUGGUCCAGGAUCCAGACUCAUACCUGUGGUCCAGGAUCCAGAUUUAGACCUGUGGUCCAGGAUCCAGACUCAGACCUGUGGUCCAGGAUCCAGACUCAUACCUGUGGUCCAGGAUCCAGAUUUAGACCUGUGGUCCAGGAUCCAGACUCAGACCUGUGGUCCAGGAUCCAGAUUCAGACCUGUGGUCCAGGAUCCAGACUCAGACCUGUGGUCCAGGAUCCAGAUUCAGACCUGUAGUCCAGGAUCCAGACUCAGACCUGUGGUCCAGGAUCCAGAUUCAGACCUGUAGUCCAGGAUCCAGACCCAGACCUGUAGUCCAGGAUCCAGACUCAGACCUGUAGUCCAGGAUCCAGACCCAGACCUGUGGUCCAGGAUCCAGACUCCUUGAUGGACAUGGAUCAGUACAGUAUUCUAGGUCGGAUCGGAGAAGGAGCUCACGGCAUCGUCUUCAAGGCCAAACACAUCGAGACAGGAGAGACGGUUGCUCUGAAGAAAGUGGCUCUGAGGCGGCUGGAGGACGGCAUCCCCAACCAGGCCCUCAGGGAGAUCAAGGCCCUGCAGGAGAUCGAGGACAACCAGCAUGUGGUGAAGCUGAAGGACGUCUUCCCUCACGGGACGGGCUUCGUCCUGGUGUUUGACUUCAUGCUGUCCGACCUCUCUGAAGUCAUCAGGAACUCCCAGCGACCUUUGACCCCGGCUCAGGUCAAAGGUUACAUGAUGAUGCUGCUGAAAGGCGUGACCUUCCUGCAUCACAACAACAUCAUGCACCGAGACCUGAAGCCAGCCAACCUCCUCAUCAGCUCUUCAGGUCAUCUGAAGAUCGCAGACUUCGGUUUGGCCAGAUUGUUCAGUGAGCAGGAAGAGAGACUGUACAGCCACCAGGUGGCCACCAGGUGGUAUAGAGCACCUGAGCUGCUGUACGGAGCCAGAAAGUAUGACGAGGGAGUCGACCUGUGGGCGGUGGGCUGUAUCUUCGGGGAGCUGCUGAACUCGUCUCCUCUGUUUCCUGGAGAGAACGACAUCGAGCAGCUCUGCUGUGUCCUCCGAGUGCUGGGGACCCCGACGGAGGACACCUGGCCUGAGAUCGUUGAGUUGCCAGAUUACAAUAAAAUCACCUUUAAGGAGAAUCCAGCGAUCCCAUUGGAGGAGAUCGUCCCAGACACGCCCCCUCAGGCCGUCGACCUGCUCUACAAGUUCCUGGUUUAUCCGUCCAAUCAGCGCUGCUCUGCCAGACAGGCUCUUCUCCAUCCAUUCUUCUUCUCCUCUCCUCUUCCUGCUCACCACUCAGAGCUUCCCAUCCCUCAGAGGGGGGGUCGACCCCACCGUCAGCGGCUGCAAGCUCCGCCCACCGACUUCUCCGUGGACCUGCCCCUGCAGAACAGCGUGGUAGACCCCGCACUGCUGUGGGGACACGUGUCCUGCCUCUGAACAAUGACGGGCCGACC